CGGGGUGCGCGGUCCGGCCCCGCCCGCCAGCCGCCGAGGGCCCUUUAAGGGCCGGGAGGUGCGCGGUCUCUUUAAGGCAGGUCCCGGUGGUUUCUGUUUUCUGAAGGAAGUGACGGGGGGUGGGAUUGAAUGAAAAGUGCAAAACAGAGUCUGCAGCGCCGGAGUCGGGGGCGCCGGGGCCGCGGCGCGGAGCGGGGAGCAGGGCCGGGCCGGCAGCGCAGCGGGGGACCCCGGCGGCCGGGGCGCAGUCCACGUGCGUCCGCGCCACGUCGCGGGCGCCCUCGCGGCGCAGUCCCGGGGGGAGCGGCGCCCCGACGCCCCGAUCGAGCCCCCAACUCCGGGCCGAGUUUGCAGGCGCCGGAGGGAGGGCGGCGGCGGCCCCCGGGGAUGCGCACCCCCCGCCGCCGCGCGGCCCCCACGGCGCGCCCCGCGCUGCCCACGGCGAGGCUGCUGCUGCCGCUGCUGCUGUCGCUGCUGCGGGCGCCGCGCGGCGUGGGGGGCGCGGGGCCGGCCGAGCUGCGGGUCCGCGUGCGGCUGCCCGACGGCCAGGUGACCGAGGAGACCCUGCAGGCGGACGGCGACGCCGACAGCAUCACCCUGGAGCUGCGCAAGCCCGACGGCACCCUGCUCUCGUUCACUGCCGACUUCAAGAAGGAUGUGAAAAUCUUCCGAGCCCUGAUCCUGGGGGAGCUGGAGAAGGGGCAGAGUCAGUUUCAGGCCCUCUGCUUUGUCACCCGGCUGCACCACAAUGAGAUCAUCCCCAGUGAGGCCAUGGCCAAGCUUCGGCAGAAAAACCCACGGGCGGUGCGGCAGGCUGAGGAGGUGCGGGCCCCGGAACACCUGCACAUGGACAUCGCUGUGAACUUCACGCAGGGGGGCCUGCUGAGCCCCCAUCUCCACAAUGUGUGCACCGAGGCCGCAGAUGCCAUUUACACCCGCCAGGAGGAUGUCCGGUUCUGGCUGGAGCAAGGUGUGGACAGCUCUGUGUUCGAGGCUUUGCCCAAGGCCUUGGAGCAGGCAGAGCUACCUCGAUGUAAGCAGGUGGGGGACCGCGGGAAGCCCUGCGCCUGUCACUACACCCUGAGCCUGGCCUGGUACCCCUGCAUGCUCAAGUACUGCCACAGCCGCGAGCGGCCCGUGCCCUACAAGUGCGGCAUCCGCAGCUGCCAGAAGAGCUACAGCUUUAACUUCUAUGUGCCACAGAGGCAGCUGUGUCUCUGGGAUGAGGACCUCUAACCAGGCUUCGAGGGGAGGGGGCCUGGGGAUGGCGGCUCAGGACCCACCUCCUUCCCCUGGCCAUGGGCAGAACCCCACCACAGGCCUUACUUCCUUCCCAGGCCCCUGGCCCAAAGCCUCAGGGCCCCCACAAGGCGAGACUGUGAAAGGGGGCGCACAGCAGGGGUAACUCGUGAAGGCAGCCCCCAUACCUACCCUGUGCCUUCCUUGGGGUCAGAGAGGGACAAAGCAGCUCCCCAAAUGUGUACCCCGCCCUCCUCAUCUCCCCUACGUGUUCAUUUCAAGCAACCCAAAUGUGACAGCCUAGAGUUCUUCUAUGGAGCCCAGUAGACCCUAACUUAGGGAUCUGUGCCUGCCACGCUCACCGCCCCACAGACGUCGAGAAGGACCCCGGCUCCAGGGUCCCCACACUCACUCCCCACCACGAGGGGAAUCCUUAGCCCCAAAGAGGGUGCUGUGGCCGUGUGUGGUGGAACCAGCCAAGAAACCUGCCACCCUGAGACCGACCAUUGUGCCUUUCUGCAGACCAGGACUUUGCUGCCAGAGCCAGCACUGGCUCCUCUUCCCUCUAAACAGAACUAUUUUCUGUAAGGUUCUGGGGCAGCGUGAAGUACAAGGAAAACUUGAAUUUCCAGAUUUUUAAUACGAAGUAUUUAUCGUUUGUACCAGAAAUAAAAAGUUUAAAUUUUUACAUGACUGAUAAGCCUUAGACCUGGAGAUCAGAGAGCUUUGUCCAAUGCUGCCACCUGGUGUCUGGAGUGCCCACCUGCACCAUCACGAACAAUCAGGACCUGGACUCAAAGGCAGCCCCAGUGGGCUCUGCCUGUGCAGGAGAAUAUUCCAAGCCUUGGGUUCCAACCCCAGCACUGAAAAAAAAAAAAAAAAAAAAAAAAAUAGAACCCUUGUAAAUGGGCCACUACAGAAGUAAGAUUGAGGCUGAAACCAAAAAUCUGAUAUUCACAUCCAGGUCCUGAUGCUUGCUUCGCUGUGAAUUCUUGGUCACAUGAAUUUACCUCUCUGUGCCUUAGUUAUAACAUUUAAUUUAUGAGACUAAAGGAAUUUAUGUGUCAAGCACAUAGUGAAUGGCCUGCAUUCGCCAUUACUCAUGUUGCUACUGUUAAUAAAGAGCGCAGACGUGGCUUCCUCUCUGA